UGGGGCCGGCGGGCCCGGGCCCCACGCCGGCUCCUGGGCGAGGGCGCUGCCGAGCCGCCCGCUGGGGCGGCCUCGGAGCGCUGGAGGCGGAGCCGCGGCGCUGAGGGCCCCGCCCCGGCCCCCGCCCCCCCGGUCCCGGGAGCCGGCGCGGGCCGAGCGCGGGUGCCGCACCCCCUGUCUGCACCAAUCACCUCCCGUAGCCCUGCAGGGAGGGGCCGGCCCAGGCGGCCUGCCCGCCCCGGGGUCCCUCCGGCCGGCGGGCCGAGCCGUGGGGAGGGUACAGCGGGAGCGAGGGACGGGCGCUCGGGAAGGGGCAUCGUCCGCGCCGAGGGGCGGGCCAGAAGGAGAGGCCGAGCGAGGACCUGGUGGCCCCGUCGAGCCCUCCUUGGGACUGCGCACCGGCCUCCGGCUCCACAGGCUGCCCCAGUCCCGCGUCUCGGCCCUGCCGGCAGCCGCUUCCCCCUGCGGUGCACCGGGAGAGCCCUUUCCAUGCUCGGAGAGCCGGGCCUCUAAGCCUAUGCUACCCUCGACCUUCCGGUGCUGUGCUCGCACUGCGCCGGUAGUGCUGUGCUCCCGUAGCCCCCCACAGCAGUGUCUCACGGGGGGGAACCUGCUGUCAGGAGGUCAGACUGUCCCGGGGUACGUCUGCUCGUGGCCGGCUUUCCUCCAAUACGGCUGGCACUGCACCAAACAGCACCGAGCGGUUGGAUCGUGGAAAGUCCUGUUCCCAUGAAAUGUCACAGCCAGAACACCCCUUCAGAUGUCCCAGCUGCUCCCGGGCUUGCUGCAGCCUGAAGAUGAUCCAUUUUGCAGCCUGUUGAGCACAUGUUGUUACUUGUGCUUCUUCGUUGGUCUCUGCCUCACCACAUCAAAAUUACCAUUACACCUUCUCUGGCUUUCCUGUGCCUGGCACUGCUUGGUCACUUUGGAUGUGGUGACUCACUGCUGGCUGGUGACGCUGGCUGGGCCUCUGUGGGAUCCUGCCUGCCUCCCCUCCUUCGUGGGAGAUCCCCCGCCUGCCUCUGAACAACUGCAUUAUCCUCCUCCAAAUCCCUCUUUGGCCGUGACGUCUGCAGAGCACUUGACUGAGAUUAGUCUGUCAUGUGGAGGUUCUUACUCCCCCACUGACCUGUGCUUUCCCUUCUGUGGCUGCUCUUGGCUUGUGUCUCUUCCCUGCUUGUGCAGCUGGCGGCAGCACAGGCUCUGCUCCUGUGCUGUGGUGAGACCAGAGUUCUGGGGGGAACAUGGAACAUGAGCAGUUCCUUGUUCUGGCUGCUCAGGCGCUGACAUCUCUGUCGCAGCUUUCUUGCCUGUACACUGCCCUCUCCAAAACUAUCUCUGACACCACCUGCAUUUCCCUGAUCAGGGUUUUUAAAUGAAUCUUCAUUCUUAUUUUUGAGAGAUAUCAAUAAAGCUAAAGAUUUUAUGUUGGUCUAGCAUCCAGCUGUGGAGCUGUGAGGCCACCAGAAUCAGAGUUCUCUUGAAGGACUGCCCUUCAAGUCCUGCCUGGACUGCCCUUUAGUGCCUAUUUUUUAUUGAAAGCAAUAAUUGAUGCUUUUAUGCUGGGCAGGCAGCUGCACAGUGCCCUGAGUGUGAUCCCAGUGUUGUCCCUCAGGCCUUUGUACACUUGGCCCUGGUGAUGUGUGUUUCCUUCAUACCGCCCUGCUUGAAUUUCCUGCUUCCUCCUCACUUGGCAGCAAGUGUCCUUGGAUCAACACCAGUUUGCUGUGACAGCAAGUUGUGGACCGUUGUUCAAACAAGAGAACAGCAAGGAGCAGUGCUGCCUUGCCACAGCAUUCAGCAUCAAUGAAGCACAACUGGAACAGCCUCCAGCCCUGCUGCCAGGUCUCCAGGAGGAAGCUGCAGCUUUGGCAGGGGACUCAGAAUCAAUUUUUGAGCGGCAUCAGUUUAGAAGCUGAGAAAUUGAAGGUGCUGCUGGGAUGCAGUUGAAGUACUUAGGCAUUUCUUAGUGUUGAGGUGGCUCAGUGGUGCUGGUUGAGGUGUCAAGGGUUGUUUUUCCAGUAAUUUGGACCUUUUUGAAGCACCUACUUGCCUAAUGCCAUGAAUAUUGCAGUGAAUAAUGAGGAAGAAAAAGCUGUCCAUUCCUGGUCAAGAAUUUCCUCUGCAGGACAGAAAGUUCUGGAGGAAGCCCUCCGAGUCUUCAACCCGAUGUCCAAGGAUCUUUCGGACACAGAGACCCAGCUGGUGGCCUUCAUCCAAGGCCUGAAGGAGGAGGGCUACCAGCCCACAAUUCUGAGGAGUAAGGAUGUGUACGGGUACAGCUCGUGCACGGCAGUCACACCGAGUCAGACGGGAGAAAACACACAGCGCAACUGUGCCAGCACCACUGAGCCCACCCAGAGUCCAGCCAGGAACUCAGGGGCAAAAGUGGCCCCUUUGCCCACCAGCAUUCCAGUGAGCUCUUUGAAAGUCUCCAAAGGGGAUUCCAGAAAUCUCCUCUUGAGCUCCUUGAAGCAGACAGGAUCUGGCACAUCCAAGGCAGCGACAGUGGGCUUCCCUACAAGCAUGUAUCCUGACGUGUAUCCAGCUAUGAGACUGUCAGUGGUUCUGGAAGCCCUGGUGCCACUGAAAACUGCAACGUCCUGUUUGGAGUCCAAGUACACACAGGGACGUCUUGGCAUCUCUCCCUCAGACCUUAAACUCCUCAAGACCUCAAGUCCACCAAGGCAGUUUUCUUCAGGCAAGAGCACUAAAAUAACCGAAGGCAAGGGGUACAAGCGUUUGGUUAAGAAAGCACCUGAUUCUGCCACCCGUGCUUUAAAGCUUCUGAAGGGACCAAAGGGUGGAGUGCUGCAGGAGAGCAAUGCCUGCAAAGCCUCCGGAGUUCUCAACGGGAGAGUCGCAGGCAGCUCGUCCCAGGACUGCACCACAGCACCACAGCCCAAGACCUUGAAAAUCAAAGAUAAGGAAGUUCUGCUGGGAAAAACAGAGUGGAAGGACAGCAGCACUUACCAGGAGGGCACUAGGCAGAAGAAGAGGAGAGCUACAGAGGCAAAAGAAGCACCACAGAGGAAAAAAGCAAAUACCAUUCCUGUCCGAAAGAAAACUCCAAAGGCUCAGAGCACUUUGAACCUGCUGAAAUUCCGGACCAUCAAGGACUCGGAGAAGUGUUUCACCUGUGACUCACGUGACCCAUCCCUGCCUGAGAGCCACCGCAUCGAGAAUGUCAUUUACCUGAGCAGCCCCCAUGACAAACGGACCUGGUGGCAGUCGGAGAACGGUGUGGAGCAUGUCAGCAUCCGCCUGGACCUGGAGGGCGAGUUCCACUUUACCCACCUUAUUAUGAAGUUUAAAACCUUCCGUCCUGCGGCCAUGCUGGUGGAGCGCUCAGCUGACUUUGGGCGCACCUGGAAGGUGUAUCGCUACUUUGCCUACAACUGCUCCAAGCUCUUCCCUGGAAUCCCCAGCCACUCCCUGGGGCUUGUGGAUGAGGUGCUGUGUGACCAGCGCUACUCUGAGAUUGAGCCAUCCAGCCAUGGGGAGGUCAUCUUCAAGGUGCUGGACCCCUCCAUUCCCGUAGCAGAUCCCUACAGCCCAGACAUCCAGAACCUGCUGCGUGUCACCAACCUGCGGGUGAACCUCACCAAACUGCACACGCUGGGGGACAACCUGCUGGACUCACGGCGGGAGGUGCUGCACAAGUACUACUACGCUGUGGAUGAACUGGUGCUGCGCGGGAGCUGCUUCUGCCACGGCCACGCUGCCCACUGUGCCCCAGCACCGGGUGCCCCAACACCCUCUGUCCCUGGCAUGAUCCACGGGCGCUGUGUCUGCGAGCACCACACGCAGGGGCUGAACUGCGAGCGCUGUGAGGAUUUCUACCAUGACCUGCCCUGGCGCCCGGCCGAGGGCUCCAGCACCAACGCCUGUCGCCGCUGUGACUGCAACGAGCACUCACGGCGGUGCCACUUUGACAUGGCCGUGUUCCUGGCCACGGGGAACACCAGUGGGGGUGUGUGUGAUGACUGCCAGCACAACACCAUGGGCCGCCACUGCCACCUCUGCAAGCCCUUCUACUACCGGCACCCUCGCUCCGACAUCCGGUCCCCCACUGCCUGUGCCCCGUGUGACUGUGACCCAGCAGGGUCGCUGGAUGGAGGUGCCUGCGAUGGGCACACGGACGUGGCGCUGGGCAUGAUUGCGGGCCAGUGCCGCUGCAAGGAGAACGUGGCCGGUCCCCGCUGCGACCGCUGCCGGCACGGCGCCUAUGGCCUCAGCCACAGCGACCCACAGGGCUGUCAGCCAUGCAGGUGUGACCCGCGGGGUACGGUGGCAGGCAGUUCCCCGUGUGACCCCAUCAGUGGGGACUGCUACUGCAAACGCUUCGUGGCUGGGCGCUCCUGCAGCCAAUGUGUGCCCGAGUUCUGGGGUCUGAGCUACGACCUGGGGGGCUGCCGGCCCUGUGCCUGUGACUUCGGGGGAGCCUACAACAACCGGUGCUCCAUGGAGGAUGGGGCGUGUCCCUGCCGUCCCCACAUCAUGGGGCGGCAGUGUGACCAGGUACAACCCGGCUUCUUCUGUGCCCCCCUUGACUACUACACCUAUGAGGCCGAGCAGGCCACCGGCCAUGGCCACAGCCACCCUCAGCUCCCGGGUGCCAUUCGGGUAGAGGUGGCCCAGGACUGCCUGGAGUACGACACCAGGGAGCCAGUUGGGCGGAAGGGACGCUCACGGCAUCAGCACAGCCCCCUCCGUGCUCCCCAGCCCCCUGUCCCCUCGCGCCGCAGCCGCCAGCAGCCCCCCAAGCCGGACGUGGAGGAGGUGGUGCGGGACAGUGCCGGGCGCAUGGUGACAUGGACAGGCUUGGGGUUUGCCCGGGUGCGGGACGGGGCUGGCCUGACCUUCCGCGUGGACAACGUGCCCUACGCCAUGGACUACGAGCUGCUGCUGCGCUACGAGCCUGAGUCAGCCGAGGACUGGGAGGCCAUGGUCAGUGUCAGCUCCCGGGUGCUGCCCACCAGCCCUCGCUGUGGGAACCUGCUGCCCUCCGAGCAGAUGUACCGCCAGAGUCUGCCCCACAGCCAGAGGUAUGUGCUGCUGUCCCGGCCCUUCUGCUUCGAGCCCAGCACCCCUUAUGAGGUGACCAUGCGGCUUCAGCGGGCUGGUGUCACCCAGCGCCACCCUGGUGCCUUCAUCCUCAUUGACUCGCUGGUGCUCCUGCCACGGGUGUCAGAGUUGCCAGGGUUCCAUGGGGCAGAGGCAGCAGCGCGCCAGGAGGAGCUGGAGCGGUACCAGUGCCUGGAGGUGUUUCGCAUGGCUCCCCCUCACCCCCUGGCCGAGGCCUGUGCCCGCCUGGUCUGCAGCGUCUCAGCCCUGAUGCACGGCGGGGCACUGCCCUGCCAGUGCGACCCACAGGGCUCCCGCAGCAGCGAGUGCCAGGUGCAGGGCGGGCAGUGUGAGUGCAAGCCCCACGUCAUCGGCCGACGCUGCGACCACUGUGCCCCAGGCAGCUUUGGCUUUGGGCCCCUGGGAUGCAGCCCCUGCACCUGCUCCCCAGAGGGCUCGGUGUCCCAGCUAUGUGACAAGGUGAGCGGGCAGUGCCGGUGCCAGCCCGGCACCGUGGGCCGGCAGUGUGACCAGUGCCAGCCCGGCCACUGGGGCUUCCCUGCCUGCCGGCCCUGCCAGUGCAACGGGCACGCCGAGGAGUGCGACCCCCGGACAGGCACCUGCCUGCACUGCCGCGACCACACGAGCGGCCGGCACUGUGAGAGGUGCCAGGAUGGUUACUAUGGGAACCCUGUGCUGGGCUCGGGGCAGCAGUGCCGGCCCUGCCCCUGCCCCGGCUACCCUGGUACACGGCAUUACCAUGGAAGCGCCUGCCAUGCGGACGAUGAGACACACCACAUCGUCUGCCUCUGUGCCCCUGGAUACGCGGGGCCCCGCUGCGACCGCUGCUCCCCUGGUUACUUUGGGGCUCCGGAGAUGGAUGGGGGGGAGUGCCGGCCCUGCCAGUGCAACAACAACAUCGACACCAGCGACCCAGAGGGCUGCGACCCCCGCACGGGACAGUGCCUGCGCUGCCUGUACCACACAGCUGGGCCCCGCUGUGCCCACUGCCAGCCGGGCUACUACGGCAAUGCCCUGCAGCGCAGCUGCCGGCGCUGUGGCUGUGACCCACGGGGCACACUGGCCUCCCACUGCACCGAUGGCACCUGUGACUGUGACCGUGGCACAGGAGCCUGUGCCUGCCGGCCCAAUGUCGUGGGCAAGAGCUGUGAUCGCUGCGCACCCCACUUCUGGAGGCUGGGGGGGCCAAGGGGCUGUGAGCCCUGUGGCUGCCACCCCACACAUGCCCUGCACCCUGCCUGUGACACUGUGACAGGGCAGUGCCAGUGCCGGCCUGGCUUCGGGGGUCGUGUCUGUUCCCAGUGCCAGGAGCACCACUGGGGAGACCCUGAGCAGGAGUGCCGAGCCUGUGAGUGUGAGCCGCUGGGUGCUGAGAGCCUGCAGUGUGAGCAGGACAACGGGCAGUGCCGCUGCCGGCCAGGAUUCGGGGGGCUGCGCUGUGACCGCUGCCAGCGGGGCUACCAGGAGCCCUUCCCCCAGUGCUCACCCUGCCACCCUUGCUUUGGGCGCUGGGACCUGGCCGUGGGCAGCCUGCGGGAAGGACUGCAGCGCCUUGGGGCACAGGUGCAGGCGCUGAGGGAGGGGGGCUCUGCACUCCCACUCAGCCCCCGUCGCCUGCGGGAGCUGGAGGAGGCUCUGGGGCACGUGGAACAGCUGCUGGGAGAGGGGCACAGCCCUGGUAGUCCCCUCCUCGAUGGACUGCCCAGGCAGCUGGGUGGCACCAGGAUGGAGCUGGACAAUUUUGGGAAGCACCUCCAAGAGCUGGAGCAACAUCUAGAUCAGCUGGCACAGGCGGAUAUGCAGCACCAUGGCCGGCUAGCUGAGCUGAGCCGUGAGCUGGGAGGUCUCAACCGAACCACCUCCCACCUUCAGAGCCUCCUCGGCACUGUAGCGGCAGCUGGAUUCAGCGAGUCUUACCGCAGCAUCCUGGCAUCGGCGGAGGCCUCGCGGCAGGCGGAGAUGAUGGUCAAUGGCACGGCUGGAGAGCUCAGGAGGGCGCAGGUGACGCAGCGGACGACCGAGCGGGCGCUGCAGCAGCGGGGCGAUAUCUUCCGCCGUGGCACAGCCGCAGCCCGGAAAUCCUUGCGGGAGACACAAAAACGGGUGAUGGGACUCAGCAUUGCCAGGAUCAACGAGAAGAUUUGUGGUGCGCCUGGAGACCGGAGCUGCGAGCAUGCGUCUUGCGGAGGAGCCUUGUGCCGAGACAGUGCAGGGACAAGGCACUGUGGUGGUACUGGGUGUGCAGGGGCAUUGCCUGUCUCAGCUCGAGCCCUGAGCACUGCUCAUAAUGCCUCUCAGCAGCUGGAGGUGGCAUUAGGGCAGCUGGAUGUUGUGGCACAGAAGCCAGGUGCCCCUCAGAUGCAGGAGGUGCAGGAGCUGGCACGGGGGGCACGCAGCAGGGCAGAGGAGGCCCUGGGGCACUCUCAGGCCGCACGCAGCCGUGCAGAGAAGGCAACAGCCCAGCUGCGGGACUUCAUCCGCCGAAUCAAGGCCUUCCUGGCAGAGGAGGGAGCUGACCCAGGCAGCAUCGAGCUGGUGGCCCGGCAGGUGCUGAACAUCUCCCUGCCCAGCAGCCCUGGACAGAUCCAGGAGCUGCUGUGGGAGAUGCAGGAGAGCAUCAGCCAGCUAGAGGGGGUGGACGCAGUUCUCAACAGCACAGCAGAGGGGCUGGCUGUGGCACGGGAUCUGCUGGCACAGGGACAGGAGGCCAGGCAAGUGGUGGGGCCAUGCUGGGGCAGGCAGGGGAUAGGUCAGUCCCCCUGCAGCGGCAGGGCCUGGAGAUGCCUGUGCUGCUGCAGGGAGCGAGCAGAAGGCAUAAGGGAUGAGCUGGCGGGGACACAGCAGGCACUGGAGGUGGCACGGACACAGGCGAUUACAGCAGGGAGCACCCUGCAGAGCGCCAGGGAUGCCAUCCAGGUGGCUGAGAAGAGAGCCAGGAAGGCGGAGCGCAGGCUGCAGGUGCUGGACAGGAAGGAGUCGCAGGUGCAGAGGCGGCUGCAGGAGCUGGCACAGCGCAUCACCAGCCUGCAGGAGCACGGCCGGGGUGCUCACCACAUGGCCCAGCAAGCCAAGGAUGCGGCACAGCGUGCCACCACCACCUCGGGGACACUUAGCCAGGACCUGGCCCAGGUAACACAGCGUUAUGUGGUGCUGAAGAACCGGGUGGGCACGCUGGACAGGGUGUCUGGUGGGGCCCUGCAGCGUGUGUCGCAGCUGAUGGCAGAAGCCCGAGACCUCCUGGAUAAGGCCAGCAACAGCAAAAGGAAGCUGGAAGACCUGGAGCAGCGCUUUGGGGCCAAUGAACGGAUGAUGGCGGCAAAGGUGACACGACUGCAGGCUUUGGAGGAGCAGGUCACCGGGCUGUUGCAGGAGAUCCAGGAGAGGGCCAACGCUUACGCCACCUGCUAGGGACCACUGGCGGGACCGGGGGCCGGUCCUGCCCUGCCGCCCCGCAGGUCCCCGAGCCCGGGAGUCCCGUCCACUCUGCAGGUGUCUUUAGUGCGGGCGCGCCUGCAAAUAAAGCCCUAAACUGUG